GACAAGCCGAUAGAACUAGAGAAGCGUCUAAGAAUAUUUCAAUUUUAACUUUGAUUAUAUUUCGACAGAACUAUUAACAUGGCCGUACCUGCAGGAAAAACUCCCAUCAGUUUUUUGCAAGAGAUUUGCACUAAGCGUGGAAUAACACCCCAGUAUGAUUUGGUAGCUAAUGAAGGAGCUAUACAUGAACCUAUGUUCUUGAUGAGUGUUGUCGUUGGAGAUAUUACUGCUACUGGAAAAGGUACAAGUAAAAAGAAGGCCAAGCAUGCAGCUGCUCAAUCUGCUCUGAAUACUAUACUUGGCGUUAUGCCUGUAGACAAUAAUGUCAAGACUGAAGAAAAUGAAGCCAGUGGCAACAAAGAAGAGGAAGGGUUAGGUAAUCCUAUUGGGGAAUUACAAGAAUUUACUCAAAAGAAACUCAUCAAACCACCUAUCUAUGAUUAUAACUGUGAACAAGGACCACCCCAUUCUAAAGAAUUCAAAUGUAAAGUUAAAAUUGGAAAGUUCGAACAAAUAGGAACUGGACGCUCUAAGAAGGCAGCUAAAAGAGCUGCUGCUUCUCAGUUAUUGGAAGAAAUCAGAAAAUUGAUGCUGGAUAGCAAUGAAAAUGCUAAAAUAGAACAUUCUGAUGAAGAGGAAGAUCUGCAAUUGUCAUUUGAGCCACAGAGUGCUUACACUGCCCUGAAAGAAGGUAAGAGGAAUAUUGCUGUAACCACACCACAAAAGGCAAAAGAAAUUCAGAAAUUUUACCAGAAGAUAAUGAAGAAUGGUGGGUCUCGAAUGAAGGAACUUCAUAAAAACACAUUGAAUAUACCCAAUACCAAUUACUGCCAGAUGUUACAAGAAAUAGCUGAAGUACAGAGAUUUGAAGUUUCUUACUUUGACAUUAAAGAACUCAACAAUUCCAAUCAGCAUCAAUGUUUGGUACAGUUGUCAUCACUACCAGUAGCUGUCUGUCAAGGAACAGGACCUACACCAGAUGAUGCUCAUGCUAAUGCAGCCCACAACGCAUUGCAAUACUUGAGAUUCAUGACAGCAUCUUAACAUGGUUACCCAGGAAAUAAUAUAACAUCACAUGACUCCAAUGUUUUUAUAAUGCUUGUCUCUAUAUAUUGUGAUUUAGUCUAUAAUUUGGCAGGAAAACUUUCAGUGGGAGCAUAAUUUGUGAAUCAAAUUUUGAAGAUGGUUUGUUUUGUUUGAGUGUGUAUGAAUUCAAAUUUCAAUUCAAUCUCUUAUAAUGUUUCUUCUAAUCACUAAAAGAAUCUAGGUUCUGGGU